GAGAAUUGAGAGCAUAGAGAAUUAUUACUCUAUGUCACGGUUUUAAAAGAUCUAUUAACCGUGCUCUAUGUAUUAACCACAGAAUAUAAUACUAACCACAAUGUCUGGUUUACCUCAUGAUUACAGAAUAUUUUUACCUUCGUACUGUUAUCAAUAAUUUAAAAUUCGCGCGUCCAUCAUAGGGCACGAAGAUACACUUAUUUUACGGCACGUAUACUACGACCCGUAGGUUUAACUAAUGUAUGAAACUUUGUAGCGCAAUUUUGUUUUAGUUCUUGUUUCAGAGAAAUUAGUAUUCUGACAAUAAGGACGAUGAGUGAAAGUUCUCAGAAUAUAUUUAGCAAACACUGUCAAAAUGAUGAGUGUUCUAAUAACCGUGUUCGAGGACGAGGCUAUUUAACUAAAAUGAUACAACAAACUCAUCAUUUUGGAAACAUUCAACUUUUACCAUCAAAUAUUGAUUCUUCUAAAAAAAUAAUGGAUCAAUGCAUCUACAAUAAUGAAGUUAAACCAAUAAGAUCAACAUAUAUUCCGCCUGAACCUGAUGAAAAUGAUGAAUCUAUUUAUGAAACAGGAAUUAAUUAUGGAAUAAAUUUUGAUAAAUUUAACGAUAUUGAAGUUAAGGUGUCUGGUAAAAAUGUACCAAAAAUAGUUGAAAGUUUUGAAACAUGUAAUGCAAUAUUAAUGGAAAAUAUUAAAAAAUGUAAAUUUAUGAAACCAACUCCAAUACAAAAGUAUACCAUUCCAAUAAUUUUAUCUGGAAAAGAUUUAAUGGCUGCUGCUCAAACGGGUUCAGGAAAAACGGUAGCUUUUGUUUUACCAAUUUUACAAAAACUGCUUAUGGAACCCCAUCCAAUAGUAAAAGAUAUUGAUCAUUGUGAACCUCAAGUGAUUAUUAUGGCUCCUACUCGAGAACUAGCUGUACAAAUUAAGAGUGUUGUGUUGAAAUUAAGUAGAGGUACUAUGAUUUCUUCAUUAGUAUGUUAUGGUGGUACUUUGGUUUCUCAUCAAAAAAAUCAAAUUCUUAAAGGUUGUCAUAUUCUUGUUGCUACACCGGGUAGAUUAAAUGAGUUUGUUCAACAUGGUCUUAUUUCAUUUGCAUCAGUAAGAAUUUUUGUUUUGGAUGAAGUAGAUCGAAUGUUGGAAAUAGAAUCAAAAUCUGAUGUUGAUAAAAUUUUAGAUCAUUCAUCUAUGCCAUCUGUUAUGAACAGACAGACAAUUAUGGUAUCAGCAACAUUACCUGAUUCUAUACAGGAAUUAGCAAAGUUUUAUUUAAAUAGAAAUUAUCUAUUUUUAGCAGUUGGUAUUGUUAGCAGUGCUUCAAAGGAUAUUAAACAAAAUUUUUACCUAGUAAACAAAUUUAAAAAGCGAAAACACUUGAUCAACAUUUUACAACAAAAUUCAGAAGGUACAAUUAUAUUUGUCAAUACUAAAUGGAUGGCUGAUUUUCUAGCAACAUACCUAUGUGAAAAGAAUAUCCCAUCAACAAGUAUACAUGGCGAUCGUUUACAAAGUUAUAGAGAAGAAGCUUUAAGUGAGUUUAGUAACAGGAAAAAAAAUGUGCUUGUAGCAACAACCGUAGCUUCUAGAGGUUUAGAUAUAAAAUAUGUAAACCAUGUUAUUAAUUAUGACAUGCCUCAAGAAAUUGAAGAAUAUAUUCAUAGAAUUGGGCGUACUGGUAGACUUGGAAAUACGGGAAUUGCCACAUCUUUCUUUGAUAUUGAACAUGAUUAUCAUUUAGUAGAACCAAUCAUAAAAACUCUUUCUUCGGCAAGUCAAGAAAUACCUUACUGGUUGCUUAAACUUGGACAGGAAGCUAAAGACAAGAGUGUUGAUGAUGAUCAGUAUGGAGGCACCGAUAUUAGAAUUAAGUCAAACAAAUUUGAUGAAAAUGAAGAAUGGUGAUUUUGUACUUUAUAUUAAAUGAAUAAUUAAAUUGUAUAAGUAUCAUUUUCAAUAUCUCUUACUACAAACUAUUGUUAUUUAUUUUAUAUUAUUUUGCAAAUUUAUCUAAUAUCUCUUAUAUUAAUGUAGUUGACGAAUAACAUUUUCUUGAAUAUAAUU